AUGUCAUCGUUGUUUGAUAGUCUUAGUGCAAGUGAAAAAACUUCGAUAGUUAUCGAUAUUGGUCAUGCAUACACAAAAUGUGGUUUUGCUGGUAGUUCAUCGCCACGUCAUAUAAUUCCAACAAGUGUUUUAGUCAAUGAAAAGGAACAACAUAUAUUUGAUAAUCAAUCUGAUUUGGGUUUAUUACGUGAACAAUUAACAGAAUUUAUUCGACUUAUUUAUUACAAAUAUAUCAUAGCUAAUUGUCGUGAUAGACGUGUUGUAUUAGUUGAAUCCGUUAUUACACCAACAAAAAUACGCCAUUUACUCACAGAUAUAUUUCUAAAACAAUUUGAAGCAUCCUCAUUAGCAUUUGUUCCAUCACAUUUAGCUGCCACAUUUACAUUAGGUCGUGUACCAUUAGCUGUACAAUUUGAUAGUUUACCAUACGCUGGAAAAGCAAUCCACGGUCGUAUACAGCAAUUAUUAGAACAACAUGCAUCUGUGACAAAAAAUGGAAAGAAACAGUUGUUUAAAGAUAUCAAUUUAAAAUUAGAUCAAGAAAUUUUGGAAGAUAUUAAAGUUCGUUGUUGUUUUGUUUCACCAUUUGAAAGAGCACAAAUAUAUGCAGAAAAUGAUUUAUUAUCCCCAGAAAAACAACGAAAAAAUGAUGAUGUUUUUAAGUCAGCUGGAAAUGUUGAUUAUCCCGUUGUAUCAGAUAUGAUUAUUCACAUACCGGGUAUUGUUAGAGAAUUAGCAUGUGAAGUGUUAUUUGAACAAGAUAUUGAUGGAAAAUCAAUUGCCACAUUAUUAUUAGACUCAUUAGUUCAAUCCGCAUUAGAUAUUCGUCGACAAUUAGCCGAUAAUAUAUUGAUCAUUGGUGGUACGGCGAUGAUGCCGGGCUUUUUACAUCGUUUGAAUUCUGAAUUAAUACAUCUCGCUAACGUAUCAACAUAUAACAAAAAAUUAGCGAUCAAAACAUUUCAUUAUCAUUCACCACCAGGUCAAUUAAACUACGUAACCUGGUUAGGAGGAUCAUUCUUCGGUGCGUUAGAUACACUUGAAUCUCAAUCGAUCAUACGUGAGAAAUAUUUAGAGAAUGGAAUUGUACCUGACUGGUUCACUGGUGAACGAGCUGGAUAA